AUGAGAGAUUUACGUAAGAAAAUUAUGUGUAGGCUAGCUUUUGAAUUGAAGCACGCCAUAGACGAUAAAUCUGUCGAUGUGUCAAGGAAAGCUGUAAGUUUGGACAUACUACAUCAUUAUGCGUGGGUAACUCCUCCUGCACGAAAAGCCAUCUACGGCCACGUGCCCAAGUCCCCAAGAGAAAUUCCAUUCGAAAAGGGAGACGUUCUGAUUUACAAAAACGAAUAUUCUACAGUGAAUGCUGCAUUGAAAGGCAAAACAGCAAAUGGAUUCUUAAGAAUGAUAAGCAACAAGAAUGAAUUUUCAGAAGGUUUUGUACCAGCCUAUAAGACAAGAGAAACUUCCCAGUUAACUACGUUUUGA